CAUUUCAUUACAUUGCACGCCCCCCCAAUUCGCCUCCUCCUGGCCCUCGUGGUUGUUCCCCAAUUCCCUUGUGACACACACACUGACUUCAACCAACUUUGCAGGCUCGCUGCAUCACAUCCAUCUCCCCCCUCCCAUCCACUGGACCACGGUUUGUCCGUCAGCAUCUUCUCGGAGGUUGAAAGUGCCACCCAGAUCGUUGCUAUAUUAAUCUGCCCAAUCGCCUGGUCCUUCAAAUCGUCAGGUUUUUCGAGGUUUCUGGAGGUUUUAGGCUAUGGCGACUUUCUCACAAGCUGGAAUGGCUUUGUUUCCUCGUUCUACCUUCAUCGAGGACUGUGGAGCCUCUACGAAGUCCUCGUUCUUAGGAAAUGCGGUGGGUAGCGAGUUACUGGUUGUCAACAGAGGCGCCAGGACUAGGAUGGCUGUAACGUCAGCUCCCAAGAACCGAGAGAUUACCAAGUCCUCCGAUUUUGAUCAGAGCGAGACUGUACGGGUGGGUGUUCUCGGUGCCAGUGGGUACACUGGAUCAGAGAUCAUUCGCUUGCUGGCGACACAUCCGGUCUUCAAAGUGACAGUGAUGACAGCCGAUCGGAAGGCAGGCCAGUCCUUAGCAUCGGUCUUCCCCCAGUUGAUCACACAGGAUUUGCCGAACAUGGUUGCAGUCAAGGAUGCCGAUUUCCUGAACGUUGAUGCUGUGUUUUGCUGCCUUCCUCACGGGACAACUCAGGAGAUAAUUGCUGCUCUCCCGAAAAACUUGAAGGUGGUAGAUUUAUCAGCGGAUUUCCGUCUGCGGAAUACAGCCACUUAUGAAGAGUGGUAUAACGGACCCCAUCGUGCUCCUGAGCUACAGCCUGAAGCAGUGUAUGGAUUGACAGAGUUGUGUAGAGAAGAGGUCCGAGCGGCUCGUUUGGUUGCAAAUCCUGGAUGCUACCCAACUUCAAUUCAGCUUCCCUUGAUUCCUUUACUGAAGGCUGGACUAAUCGAGAAGGACAACAUUAUUAUAAAUUCCAACUCCGGGGUCAGCGGCGCAGGUCGAUCUGCAAAGGAAGCAAAUUUGUACACGGAGAUUUGUGAGGGAAUUCACCCUUACGGAAUCACGAAACAUCGUCACGUGCCUGAAAUCGAACAAGGACUCUCCGAUGCGGUUGGCUCUGACGUUACGAUCAGCUUCACUCCAAACCUUAUGCCCAUGAGUCGUGGAAUGAUGUCUACCAUGUUUGUCCAAAGGAAGCAAGGGGUGACAGUGGAUGAUUUGAGGAAUCACCUUGUUGAGCGAUUUUCUGAUGAAGAGUUUGUUGUGGUGCUAGAAAAGGACAUCGCGCCUCAUACACGGCACGUACGGGGGUCAAACUACUGCUUGUUGAACGUUUUUGAGGAUCGCAUACCUGGCAGAGCAAUCAUCAUCUCUGCGAUCGACAAUCUUGUCAAGGGUGCAUCAGGUCAAGCCCUGCAGAACUUGAACCUGAUGAUGGGCUGCCCGGAGAAUUGUGGGCUCCUUCAGCAACCCAUGUUCCCUUGAUCUUUUGCCGACAGAUAGAAUGAGCACACUUCAUAGUAUGAUAUGUGUUGCUGUAAAAUAUACUGUUUUGAUAAUCAGGUUUUGAUGACCCUUAAAGUUUUGUGAAGAGAAAUUAGGUCUUACAGCUCCUGACCUUCUACCGUCAUUAAAGAGUGAAGCGUUGAAUCUUUUACCUGAUAGCAGAAGAUAGGAGCACAUUUGUGAGGUUGCGGAUCGGGUCACAUAUAAAGAUCGUCAGAAGUGGUCAAAGUUGUCAAAUUCAUUUCUCUGGGUCCCAAGAUUAACAGCUAGUACACUUUAAUUGGAGAAGCUUAAUUAUUUCGAAAAAUCUUACAAUAACAGAGUUCCAAUCUAAUGAAUCUGAGUUCCUAACUGCGUUUUUUUUUGUUAAACGCUUACUAAGGAGGGGUUUGAGUACUUCCUCUGUUUGUCGCAGUUAAAACAAGUAUCAAUACAAUGUGCAUUAAAAAGUG